AGUUUUCGCCAUGAUCUUCCGGUCAAAGAAGCGCAACAACAACAACUAGCAUGAUUUGAGUGAAUAAAACUCGAUACCGAAAAACAAUGAAAUGACUGAUCAUCUAAAGAAAUUUUUGAUUAAUGGUAUCUAAUUUGCCGUUAAAUGUUUGCGCAGGUUGUAAUAUGAACAUGACAUGAACAUGGCUAGUGACACUUUUUCAACAUGCAACAGCACUGACGUUUUAGCAGCAAGAAAUAACUGUGAUACCGCAUGCACAAAGACCUGCAAUAAUAAUGAUUCUGCAGAAGAAAUGCCUACAGAGCAGGAUUGUUCUGAUUGUGUUUCAGAUGUGUCCGAGGUCACUCAUAAUUUGAGAGAACUUACUUGUGAAGAGAAACAAGCUCUUGAACAAGACAAAAAGCUUGUCACUGAUUUUAAACAAAGAAAGUAUGAAGCUGAGGCACAGAAAAAUUGGGAUUUAUUCUAUAAACGCAAUACAACAAAGUUUUUUAAAGACAGGCAUUGGACAAAGAGAGAGUUUGCCGAGCUUGUACAAAAUCAGGACUCUGGCAAAAUGGUGGUGUUUGAGGUUGGAUGUGGAGUUGGAAAUUUCAUGUUCCCUUUGUUAGAAGAGGAGCAAAAUACUUAUUUCUAUGCAUGUGACUUUUCAAAACGAGCUGUGGAGUUUGUUAAGGAAAAUCCUUUAUAUGACUCAGAGCGUUGCUCCGCUUUCCAUUGUGACAUCACACAGACAGAUUUGUCCAAUCAUAUACCAGAUAGCUGUGUUGAUGUAGCAACAAUGAUAUUUGUGUUAUCUGCAAUACAUCCAGACAAAAUGGUGUUAGCAUUACAAAAUGUUUAUAAAGUAUUGAAGUCAGGGGGUUGUUUGCUCUUUCGCGACUAUGGACAGUAUGACUAUGCAAUGUUGAGAUUCACUCCAGGUCACAAGUUGUCCGAUAACUUCUAUGUAAGGCAGGAUGGUACAAGAGCAUUCUAUUUCUCGAUAGAGAAGCUGAAGGAGAUAGCGGAAGCAGCAGGAUUUAUUUCAGCCUCCUGUGAUUAUAUAUACAGACAGACAGUCAAUAAAAAACAGGGACUAGCUGUGCCUAGGAUAUUUGUACAGGCAAAAUUUGUUAAACCAAAGACUGUUGACAGAUGACGACAUAAUUAGUGGCAGUUUUAUUUUAUACUAUUUUCUGUGAUGUCCAGUGAAACUUAUCUCAUGUGAUCACAUAUAGAGGAAGAGGGUUUAUGUGUCAUGUACAUUUGUUGGUGCAGCAGAAAAGUUUACGUAAGCAUUAUUCAUCACUUGUAUACAAAAUUUAUACUGUUUAGCUUGACACAUUCAGUCUGUGAAAUCGUUUCUUGCAGUCAAAUCAGAAAGUUAAAUAAAAAAAUUGUAAUAAAAGACCUAAGUUUG